AUGCUUGAUCACAUGUCAGGAAACACCUUACUGUGUCCAGUUUCAAAUUUCUCCUAUCGUCUACUGGAUCAAAUGAUGGGUGAUCCACUGUUCAGGAUAUCAGAUCUGAAUCCUGCUUUGUAUCGCAAGGCCCGUCAGUUGGAACGCACACGACAGCUAAGAUUGCAGCUUUACUAUCUUAAGGAUUUCAUAUUUACAUGCCGCUUUGCAGAAGAGUUGCAGGAAGUACUCAAAAAGGAGCCAAGUUACAUAAUAACUGAUUUAGAUAUUUACUCGCUGUGUGAUCUGCAGCAAAUAAAGACUGGAGAACUGCCUAACCAUUUUCGUGAUGUAAUUCUUAACUGCACCCAACAUGUAGCUGAGUGCUCAUUGUGCUAUGCUCGUGGUUUUGUGUGUGAACUUUGUCCCUCAAAGGAAGUAAUCUUUCCCUGGCAAUUGACCCGCGUGACACAGUGUGGUACAUGUGGCCAGUGUUUCCACUCCGGCUGUUGGCUUGGAAAAGAAUGUCCGCGGUGCAGACGCCGCAGUGCGCGACGUCAUAGUGGAGAGGAGAUUACGGUAGCCCCAGAAGCAGCUAGUGCAAGCCCUGUAGCCUCAUCAGUUGCUGCGUGAGUCAAUGAUAAACACUAGUGUCACAUUCAUAGUGAAGUCAUUGGAAUUGGUCUCUGCAUGAUUACAUUAAGGCAUACAGAGUACACUGCUUAUUCUCUCAAGAGAUGUGUUGCUACACACAUUUUGCCAUAGUGGAACCAUAGAAAUAUGAUAAAGGUCAUUAUGCCAAGGAAUGUGCAAAUGAACUUUCAACAAAUGAUCAUUGCAUUAUCAGUUUAGUUUUCAGUUUUAUUUUUUAUUUGCAAAGUGUGCUUUCAUAGAUGUUUCUUUGCUAAUGAAUUUCCAUAAAUCAAUAUUUAGGCUUGGGGCAACAGACAAACGAGUUGAAUUUUGUAUGGCAAACUGCAUAAACUGAGUUUGAGUGUAGAAUAAUUUUUCAAAACUUUUGAUUAAUUUUCAAGUCUCGUAAUUCAUUUAUUUACAGGUGCUUGCUUUUGAAAAUCAUUCAAAAAAGAAUUCACAUAUAUGUUCUAAUAACUUCAGUGUAUUGUAUAAUUACAAAUAUGUACUUGCUGACAAGUAAAGUAAAUUAUUCACUCUUUUCAUGAACAGAGAUUCAUUCACUUGGAACUGCAGUGUUUUUCUUAAAUUUCUUCAUAAAUAUUUGAGAAUGCCAAUCAUAUACAACGAAGCUGAAAGCAGAAAGAAUGACAAACACUGUUUGAUUUUACUUAAAGAUCAUUGCUCAGUACUUGUAGUUUGUUACAUGUGAUAAGGGUUUUUUUGGUAUGGAUACAUGUUUUGUGGAAAGAGAUUGUUUAUACGAAACAUUUUCAUAAAAUUAAGAAAUUGCAGUUGCACUUCGUUAAGAAAUUUUUCAAGGAUCAACUACUUAAGUGAGGAAAUGUUUGAUAUGUACCCUUGACUGACUUCUUAAGUAUCUGAACUUUGUAAGAAUGAAAAAGGAGAGUACAUUUUAUAAGAUUUAUUUUGAUCCUUUAAUAAUUAAACUUCUUAACGAAGUUCUACUGUAAUUUUGCGUACUAAAAAUUUAGUUUUCAAGUAAUAUACAAAAUGUAUUCCAGUGCCAGUCUUGCAUUUGUGAGACAAGAAAUGGAGGGAGAAAUGUGAUGUGUUUAAAAUAUAUAUAAGAAUCUUAAAUAGGUGCUUUAAGAAAAUAUGGCAAAACAUCUUAGGGCUGUGGGACACAAUAGCCUUUGCAGUUCAUAACAACUUAAAAAGUAAUUCCUCUGUAGUCUGUGAUAAAUGUUUCAAACCAAAGAAAACUAAAAUAAUGUAGAAUGUUUUUUUGAGAGCUAUGUGCACAUGAUUAUUACUUGCUGACAGACUGUAACUGCUCUCAUCUUAUCUCAUCUCAUGUGAAAAAACUUUCCUGAAAGGUAUGGUUAAGGUUCAGAAAUGAAGAUCUGUGAAUAAUGAAUCUCACAUAUAAAUUAAAGAGAAGGGUUUGGGAGGGGAGCAUGUCACAUUUUCUCGUUUGAGAUUAAAGAAUUGAGUCGUUUGUGGAUUAUAAUAAGAGCAAUAUCUUUUAUGUGAAUUCCCAUUUUCUUUUUAGGUUUUAAAGGGAAAAUGCUUUCUCCAGUUACAACACAGUAACCUGUUUGACAUUUAACUGUGUAAAAUUCUUCACUAAUGUACCAAUCAUUUUCCACUAAUUCAUAAUUUUCUUUUACAAUUACAGGAUUAAAUUCCUUAAAAUUCUUGUCCCUUAAGCAUAAAGUUGGUUGUAUGAUUUGACCGUCACCUUUUUUUUCAUGAUCUAGUUAUGGAUGAAUACAUGCCUAGCGAAAUCUCUUUUCCAUUUUAUCAUGAAAACAUCUACCUGUUUACUUUUUAUAAUUUUCAAAAAGUUUCUUAGCUGUUCUUACUACUAUGUAUUUUUCUAUCAUUCAUGUAAGGAUCAAUCUUCAUUACUUACGACACACAUUUUGUAUCUUUGUAAUCUUGAUGUGGAGUUGGUUGAUCCAUUUAUGAAAUUUGUAUGGAUAUUUUCUAAGAAUAUAGUCAACAGUCGUGCAUUAUGACAAAAUCAAAAGAGUAAAAAGCAUCAUCAAGUGGUCAUUUUCAAAUAAAAUUCAAAUGUAUAAACUGCUUGUAAGUUUAAUUUCUAUAAAUAAUCAAAUUAUAAAAUAGAAGGUUGAUGAAGUACAGCAUAAAUGAUUCUCUUAUGGAACAUUAAAGCUAGGAUUAAAAAAACCCUUACUGAAGCAGGAUUGCAUCAAAUUUUUUGAAAUGAUGAAUUUACCAGCACUUGAAUCACAUGAAAACUGCAUGUUAACUUUCAUGUAUAAAUUCUCAAUGGGACUAGAACAAAAUCUGGAAACACAAGAUUUAUUUACUCAUUAUUAUAAUUCAAAUUUUAAUAUAGGUACUUUUUUUUAAGUUAAACUAAAUUCAGCAUCAUUAGGUGUCAGUCUUGUAAGGUGGCUCCAUUCGUGACUUUCACAUAUAAUGCGCACACAACAACAAUUCCUUGGUGCCCUACCCUGGUUUCCCAUAUCUAUGACGGUAGGGUGUUGACUUGGCAUGACAACUUGUGCCUUCUGCUUUGAAAACAAGACUCAGAAUUGCAUAUGUUCUGUAGAAAAUAUAUGCCAGACUAUUAAUAUUUCUGAGUAUUUUUCUUCAGAAAGUAGUGUCUACCUUGGCCCACUGAUGCUAUGUCACUGAUAGUUGGAUUAUUUAUUUCUGUGAAUGUGCCAUCUCUCUUUGUAUUUCUUUGUGAUAUUGCGUAAUUACAUCCAGUUUUAUGUGAUCUUUGUGUGUGGGAAUCAUUGUCAAUAUUUGCUCUUCACUUUCCUUGUUUGUGAACCUUCCCAGGAAAACAUCCAUGACAUGUAUAAAAACUGACCUUUAUCGAGUACUGAUUGUUUCAUUGAGAUGAGAAAGGUAGUGCGAAAGAAAUGAAUUGAUGAAAUUGUGAUGCUUACUAAAAAUUCUAUAUUAAUAGCUUGUAACCAAAUGUUUUUGUGUUAUCUGGUGUCAUUUUUCAUUUUAUUAUAUAAAAUUCUAUCUCAGAAAUCUACAUUUAAUUUCUUGAAAUAUUUUGUGCAAGUGCCAUGUAGUAAAUUUAAAGAUCUGUUGAUCAGUAUUUUUCUUUGCAUUUACUACUUUAAAAGACACAUAAUAAACUAGAACUAGCCAUGUAAAUAUAUUUAAUACACUACUUACAUACAAUGCAGCUAUUCUAUUUUUCAUUGUAAUCAAAUAUGUAUUUUUCAUGAUGGGUAUCCUUGCUGGCAAGGAUACAUGAUGUUAUAUACUUACUUUCUGGCAUGUAUAGAAUUCAUGUUUCACAAAUGUAAAUCGAGUUAUGAAAUUUCACUCUGUAGAUACAAGUGUACAUUUAAGUAAUUUAUGAAUAUUUAUUAAAGUGAACCUAUACGUGUUAAAUUUAUGCUCACUUCCUUGAUAUGUUGCUAAUACAAAUUAAUGAAGCACUUCUCAUUAUCUUGUAUUUCCAUUUAGUAAGAUUCAUGGAUUUAGCCAUCAUUAUAUGUGUGCUGUUUUCCCCAAAUAAAAGACUGUUGCAAAAAAUGUGCUUUUCUUCUUUGUUAUACAUUUCAACCUUACUC